AUGCUAACGUGCCUCCAGCCCCGCAGCACCGUACCGGGUCGCCCCGCACCGCACCUCCCCGCACAGCCGCUCAGCCGGCGGCAGCCCAGCCCGGGACUUGACCUUCCAGUGCCGGGACCCCGAGCCGCCUGCCCGGGCACCCAGCAGAGUCCCCGCAGCUCCCUGCCCUGUGCCCAGCUCUCAGCCCCGGCCCCCGUGCAGGGAGGUGGGAAGCGGCUGCGGCGGGUGCAGAACUCAUUACCCGGGAGCUCAUCAGCUAAUGCGACCCAGGAGGGGGCCGGCAGCGGGGAAGAGGCCGUGCCUGGCCCGGGCCAUGGGGUGCACAUCUCCCCUCAGACACCCCUGCGCCCCCAGCCUGGGCUGGGUGUUGGAAUGGGGUUGGCACUGGUGGCCUCGGAUGGGUUGGUGCUGCUCCUGCAGCCGCGAAGGUGCCUCUUCACACCUCCGGCCCGGCAUAAAGCCGGGGCGCCCGGCAGGCACCGGCACACCGCUCCCAGCCUCCGCUCUGCCAUGGCCCACGGCCGCACGCUGCCCGCCACCGCCCCGCUGCAGGACUGGGGUGCCCGCGGACCGCCGGACCCCCUGGGCUACAGCAGCAGCUCUCCCGCAGCAUCGCCCGACUCCUGCGGCCUCGCGUCCCCCGCCGCGGCUCGGGGGCCCUGCCGCGGGCACGCCGCCCCCCGCCCCAGGGGCAGGAAGGGGGUGCGGGGCGGCGGGGGAGCGGGGGUCCCGCGGCAGAGCGCCAGCGAGCGGGAGAAGCUGCGGAUGCGGCGGCUGGCGCAGGCCCUGCUGCGGCUGCGGCACUACCUGCCGCCCGCGCUGGCGCCCGCCGGGCAGACCCUCACCAAGAUCGAGACCCUGCGCCUCGCCACCCGCUACAUCGCCCACCUCUCCGCCCUGCUGGGGCUCGGCCGCGGGGCGCCGGCCCCCCGACACUGUCCCCUCUGUCCGCGGGGCCUGGGCUGCUGCCAGGACAGCGACCCCCGCGCUGCUUCGCCGCCCGGCGCUGCGGGCUGGGGGUCGCCUGCCAUGGCGGGGAUCCCCCCGGAGCUGCACGGAGCUCCCGGCAUGGGGACGGGUGCCUGGGGGUCACCCCUCUGCAGCCCUGCUGCGGCGGGCACUGCCCCAGAGGUGCUUGGGGGUCCGGAGAUGGGGCUAGAGACCUGGGGAUCCCCCCCCUACACCCCUGCUGCAGGGACCCUCCCAGAUGCACUUGGGGGUCCGAACAUCGGAAUGGAGACCUGGGGGUCUCCCUCCUACAUCCCGGCAACCGGGACCCCUCCAGAGAUUCUUGGGGUUUCCAACGUCCAGACGGAGACCUGGGGGCCACCCCCCUACAUGCCUGCAGUGGGGACCUCCUCAGAGCUGGACGAGGCUGUCACCUCCACUGCGUCCCCCUGGCUGACCCCUCCCCACUCUGCAGGGGCUGGGCCCCGUCCGGAGCUCCCUGGUGAUGUCCUGGACAUGGGACUGGUGCUGUCAGAGUUCGUGGGCACAGGGACAGUCACCCAGGAUCUCUCUGCGGACCUGCUCUCACUGCUGGAGGCUCUGCUCCCUGCACCGCCCGGGCACUGACCCGGGUGAGGCCCGGGCCUGGAGCACCCACUGCCCCGCCAUGCCCGUCUGGACCCCUGCAGCCCGGGGACACACGGGCCCUUGGGACAGCUGCAGGAACAAGCUGUCGGAGCCUGGAGCCGUGCUGGACGCGCCGGGUGGCGGCUGGAUGUGAAUAAACCCUUGUACCCUC